AUGAUCCACCGCCUCCAUCAUCAUCGUCAUCACACUCCUUCCACACAUGACUGUAUGGCGGUAACACAUCUGCACCCCCAGGAGCUGACCCUCUUGGAGUAUGCCGCGGAUGAUCCACGCGACACCGUGACGCUGGCCGACAAGGAGGCCGCUAUCCUGCAGCUCUACCACCAACUCCAGGACCAGCGCCUGGAGAAGGCGCUUCUCGAACAAGAACCGCAGUUUCUCUCCGGAGACAAUGCCGAGGAGCAGCUCGCCAUCGCCGAGCGCGAGCUCCUCGAGGCGCGAUCGACCUACACGGUCAGGAGGAAAGCCGUGCAGACCGUUCUCAUGACGGACCCCAUCCUCAAAGCGGUGCACCUGAAAGCAUCUACUCCUGCUGAGCGCACGCUUCUCCGCCUGGUGAAUCGACGCGACGCAUUGGCGCUUGCGCACGAGAAUCUCUCCUCGGCUCAUGAUCUGGUGCUGAAUCAGAUCUUCAAUCUGGAAGUGGACAAUCUACGGAUCAAUGAGGAGAACCAGGAGCUGGUGCGGCAACUUCUCGAGCUCACGAAGCAGGAUUCUUCGUGGCGCGAGAGACUCCAGGACGCGGAUCUCGCGUCCCAGCUGGAGAGCGUGGAGGCCGAUCUCAAGACCCGCAAGGCCAAGUGGGAGACCAUGAAGAACAUCGCCAGCGCGGUGGUUGUGGGCAGCGGACUGAACUGGGCGGAUGAUGACGCGCUUUGCGCGCUGGUUCUGGACGAGAGUGAUGAUUGA